AUGGCUUCCGCAGCCCCCCAAUCAACCCUCUCUUUCCCUCGGGAGACAUUUGCCAAACUCUCUCCCCAUCCAUACCUCCUCGCCCAUCUCCAACCCACCUCCGAUUCCUCCAUCCCAACACGCGCAAACGGUCGAGUAGCUACACAAUUUCGGACCCCGCAUAUCAACAAUGGCUCUCUCACACAUGCCGAAGGAAGCGCAGUGGUACGGAUAGGAGAUACAACGGUUGUCUGUGGGAUUCGGGCAGAAAUACUGCUUGCGAACAAUGUGGCAGGUUACCGCGUCGACAAAUCAUCAACAGCGCCGUCGUCGAAGGUAGGAUACAAUGAGGCAAAGGAACUAGAUCUACUCGUCCCGAAUAUUGAGUUGGCGACAGGAUGCUCCCCUGCCUUCAUGCCAGGUCAACCUCCUAGCACGCUUGCGCAGAGUCUGAGCACGAGGAUAUAUUCGUUGCUACAUUCCAGUGGAUUGGUUGACGGAGAAGACCUGAGGAUUUGGUACCAGCCGCCGGAUCUCAGCGACCAGGACAAGAUGGAGGAGGAAGAUGAGGAGGAUGUCCCCGAGCCGGAAGUAAAGGCAUUUUGGACGCUCUAUAUCGACAUUUUGUUCAUCUCUCUGGACGGCAACCCAUUCGAUGCAGCUUGGGCGGGAGUUAUCUCGGCGCUGAAGAAUGUACGACUACCAAAGGCAUACUGGGAUCCAGAUCGGGAGAUGAUACUUUGCGAGGACUCGGUGGCACAAUCAAAAAAGCUACAGCUGAGAGGACUGCCAAUUGCUGUUACGUCGCUGGUUUUCAAGGCAAAAGAACAAAAGCAAGCAAAGGUUCAAAAAUGCUGGAUCUUGGUCGACCCUGAUACAUUUGAGGAGGGACUAUGUGAAGAAUCUGUUACGGUGGUUAUAGAUUGUGGAAGCGGGAAGACGAAGAUGUUAGGCAUCUCCAAAGCCGGGGGCACCACGAUUGGAAUGCUAGAGAUGAAGGGCAUUGUGAGCUUGGCGGAAAAACGAUGGGUUGAGCUGAGCGAUCUUCUUGACCGCUGA